GUAUCUCUGGGACCGUUGCUAUUGAUGAAUUUGGUGACAGAAUUGCUGACUUUGACUUUUUACACAUGGCGGAUCCUGUUUCAAAAACUUUCAAUAUCGUUGGAGUGUUCCAGGGUUCCACUCAGGAAUACAAGGCUAUUGUUGGAAUAGAAAUCAUGUGGCCAAACGGACUGCCAGUGGACAUGCCUGCUUGUGGAUAUGAAAAUGAACUUUGUAUCAUUGAUGAGAACGACGAUUCCAAGUUGGUUCUUCCGUUGAGUCUUUCAUUAUCCAGUGUACUUUUGGUGGGAAUGGCUGCGUCAAUUUUUAUCUACAGGAAAGUACAGUCUAAAAUAGAAAGUGGGAAAACCCCUUGGUUGAUAACCUGGUCGGAGGUGGUUUUAUCAAAGACGGACAAGAAGGGAUCGAUCUUGUCUAAGUCCAGACUGUCGCUGGCCUCCGCGGGGACGGACGUCACCCAUCAGCAGUUGUUUACCUCGGUCGGACACUGCAAGGGAAACAUUGUUGCUAUCAGGAAACUUUCCAUACCGACAGUGGAGCUCAAUAGAAAGACAUUAAUAGAAUUUCACAAAUUAUACAGCAUGCAGCACCAGAACCUAGCACGAUUUGUAGGAGCGUGUUUAGAGCCAGACAACUGUGCAAUACUAAUGGAAUACUGCUCUAGAGGCAGUCUGCAGGACAUUAUAGAAUAUGACGAUAUCAAUCUCGACUGGACCUUUCGAUAUUCUCUUAUCUGGGAUAUAAUAAAGGGUAUGCAGUACGUUCAGAACAGCCCCCUGAAGUAUCACGGACGAUUAAGCAGUACAAACUGUGUGAUAGAUAGUCGAUUCAUGUUAAAACUGACUGACUUCGGUAUCCCAAGUGUGUAUUCAACAGAACGGCAAUUUGUCCUGAAGAAUAAGGAAAUCAACUACAACAAGUUGUUGUGGACUGCUCCAGAAAUUCUAAGAGAAGAUGUAUCCAAGUUGAAUAGUCUGAGCGCACAUGUAUACCAGAAGGGUGAUAUAUACGGUUUUGGUAUUAUACUACAGGAAAUUGCCACGAGAAACACACCUUAUGCCGACAUGAACUUGAACGCAGAUGAUAUCAUACGACGUGUGACUGAAGUUUCCUCGAUCCCAUUUCGCCCUAACAUGUCCGUGACCGAUUGUUGUAGAGAACUGCAACAUCUCAUUCAGAUAUGUUGGGACGAAGUUGCAAACCAAAGACCGACCUUUGAUACCAUUGCUUGUGAUUUCAAAAAGAUCAAUUCGUCAAAUUCUAGUAACAUUAUGGAUAACCUACUGAAGCGUAUGGAACAAUAUGCCGAUAAUCUAGAGACGCUUGUACAAGAACGAACUGACGCCUACCUCGAGGAGAAGAAAAAGGCAGUAGAACUACUACACAGACUUUUACCAGCGUCUGUGGCAGAUCAGUUAGAAGCUGGACAUAACGUACUACCAGAAUCAUAUGACUGUGUGACCAUCUACUUCAGUGAUAUUGUAGGCUUCACAAACAUAGCAGCACAAAGUUCCCCGAUGCAGGUCAUUACAUUAUUGAACGAGCUGUAUACACAAUUUGACAAGGUAAUUGGUAAACUGGAUGUCUACAAGGUCGAAACGAUAGGAGACGCGUAUAUGGUAGUGUCUGGUUUACCUACACGGAACGGAAACCUUCAUGCAACCAAUAUUGCAAAAAUGGCAUUGGAGAUCCGACACACUGUCAAGUCAUUCUGUAUUAAACAUCUCCCAGAUACUAGCCUGAUGAUCAGGAUAGGCCUUCACUCAGGGUCAGUGGUAGCUGGAGUAGUUGGCCUGACCAUGCCUCGAUACUGCUUAUUCGGAGAUACGGUGAACACAGCGUCACGGAUGGAAUCGACUUCGGAAGCACUUCGCAUUCAGAUAUCCUGUGAAACCAAAAAGAUUCUCGACAUUUUCAACCAAUAUCAAAUAGAAGAAAGAGGAGAGGUCGAAAUUAAGGGAAAGGGACCAAUGCAGACGUUUUGGUUGAUUGGUACAAAAGAAAAAGCGGACGAAACUACGAAAUAA